ACUCGUACUGAGCCUCUCCCUAAGAAGCGAAACUCCUAUCGAGAGGAUCUCACCUGCUGACGGAUGCUAAGCAAAUGCAUCAACUCUGAUUAUUGUCUGUCCGACCGCACAUUGUUCUGUGUAAAAAGUUUGUGAAGUGAAACAUGAAAUUUAAAUACACCAGGAGUAACAACGCACAGCUGUCCAGUGGGCGAGGCUACACACUUAUGGAGUUAUUGAAGGGCUCUGGCGAAUUCUGCAAGGCACAAUAUCACAUCAAAUAAAGCUGCUUGAAUCAUAUGUCAUCUUGUGUAUGCGUUUGCUGUGUGUCAGUGUGUGAAAAAGCAGGAGACUGAACUUGGUGAUGGGGUAAAGUGAAGGCGUGAAAAUUAGCGGGUCCUCUGUGGCUACGUUGUUGAUUGCCGCUCCUCUGCUUCAUAGUUCCCAAGCUCUAGCUGUAAAGGAGAGAGCUCUUCUUCUUUCUUUGGCUAGUGCUCUUGGCUAAAUCAAAAUUAGAGAUCAGAAAAUAUCUGGUUGGCCAGAUUUCAUUUACUGCCAGAUCUCUUCCUUCACUACCCUCGUUAUCCAUAAUAUUUUACUAAAUUAGUUUCAGUGGAAAAAAGCCUCUAAGUGUGUCUUGUGUGUAUAUAGUGUGAUUGUGAACGGUGUAUAAAAUCAGCCUUUUUAUAUAUAAAUAUAUAAAUAUAUAUUAAAUAUAUGUGCAUAUGCUGCAAUAGGCUAUAUAUUUGUAAAAAAAAAGAAAGUAGAGGAGAUUGUUAGUGGAGAUCUCUCCCCAUCAAGUUUGAAGGUGUCUAUCCUCAUUUUAUUUUGAAGCUCAUCGUAGAAAUUGCCAACUUCCUGUUGUUGGAGUAAGCAAAACUACUUUUUCAAGUUCCUGUGAAGAGAAUAGUAAACAUCACUGGAUAGAUAACAAGAGUCCCUUUCAGGUGUUACACUUGUCUAUUUAUUUGGUCCUUUGGGCGUUAUGAGUGCAAACAGCGCCAACAUGAGAUCCAAGAGCAUCAGACCAGCCCCCUCGGAAAUCGAGUACAAGAAUAUGCGCUUCCUUAUCACUGACCGACCCACUGAUGCCACCAUGCAGUCCUACAUUGAGGAGUUGGUGAAGCACGGUGUGCAUGAUGUGGUCCGAGUUUGUGAACCAACAUACAAGACUGAUGAGCUGAAAAAGGCUGGCAUUUCAGUUUUGGACUUAGUUUUUGAUGAUGGAACAUUCCCCCCAACAGAGAUUGUCGAGGAGUGGCUUGGAUUGCUACGACGACGUUUCCGUGAAGAUCCAGGAUGCACAGUAGCUGUUCAUUGUGUGGCAGGUUUAGGACGUGCACCAGUGCUGGUGGCCAUUGCUCUAAUUGAGCUGGGACAGCGUUAUGAAGAUGCUGUUGAACUCAUCAGGCAGAAGCGUCGUGGAGCAAUCAAUGCAAAGCAGUUGGCAUAUCUUGAAAAGUACCGUCCCAAGUCCCGGCUUCGACUGAAGAAUGGCCACAAGACUGGUGCAUGUUGUGUGCAGUAAUCUUUUGCACCUCAACUCUAUGGUGAUCCUCUUUGGAAAUCUCAUGUGAUGCAGAUGGGAACAAAUUGAAAAUAGAAUGUCUAAAAUCUCUAAUUACAUAAAAGGGUCUGGAAUUUUUAACCCACUGAGACGUACGAUAGAAGGGUUAUUGCCAAAAAUGGGAUGAAGUUUCAGUUGUUAACAACAAAUAAUAAUGGAAAAAAAAAAGUAGAUUGGUGUCUCAUAAAUAUUUUGCUCUCUUGCAAUUUGAAGCUUUUUAUGUGUUGUGCUAAAUUGAAGUUUAUUUUUUCUUUAGUAUUUUUGCUUUUGUCCCAUUUUUAGCUCAAACCCUAGUAGAAGAUGAGGUGCUCGUGCACCUUUAGAUUGUAAACGUUGUUUUUAGUCAACAGAAAACCUGUUGUAUAUCUCACUUGAUGAUAGUGCAUUUUGUUAUGUAAAUAUGGUAGUACGUAUUUUCAUUUUUUGUAAUUUUCACUUGGAGAAAUAUUGGUAAAUGUAUUCAACUUGAAAAUUUGAAGACUGCCCCAAAACUUUUGAAUGUGUAUUGUAAGAACCUAUCUUGGAUUUUACUGCUGUCAACUUUUUAACUUCCUGUUUCUAGUCUAAAGAAAAGGAAACUUACUUUUCAGACCAUGGUUAUUAUUUUGAGGUGCAUCAAGCUAUGGCUUCUGUUUUUACCAUUUCUUAUAUCAUUGUAGUUUUGGAAAUUGCACUUUUUUUUUCCAAAACCAGAAAAAUGAUAUUUUUAAGGCUGAUAAAAAGAAAUUGUUAAUUUUUAAGACUGAAAAAGUUGUGUUAAAUAUUACAAUAUUUUUAGUCCUCCAAAUUAUGGAAAAAUAUGAUUAUUAACUGGGUGUGGUGCCUAUUUAAAACCUGCCUUGCUGUUUACUCCCUAUCAUAUGUACAAGAGAAGUUACAAGAAGGUACUUGAAUGACAACCCUUUGCCAAUGUAUUUUCACAUUUCAUGUGAUAACCUUAUAUAGGACUGACUGACUUGGUUUGAUGCACUUGGCUUUCAUUUCUCUAGGGUGAGUCUGUUUGCAGAUUGAGACUCUUAUUAGAUAUCAUUGUAACAGACUUGGUUCUCUUGGUGUCUCUUACUAAUAUGGUUCACAAAAUAUAAAGCAUUAUCAUAACUUCCCAAGUAUAAAUUAACCUUCUCUGCAUUUGUUCUUUGUUGAAACAAAAUUUAAAGAACUAUACCAUCCAAAAUUUAACAGACUUUUAAACCAUCCAAAAUAUAAAUGACCUUUCUAUCAUUUACUCAGUAUAGUUCACAAAAGUUUAGAGUUACCAUACCAUCCCAGCAAUGGUACUGGUGUAAAGAUUUAGACAAGGUAGUUGGAUACCUUAAUAUGCCAUGCUUGGCACCCCAUACUACACCGCCCCUUAUCCUUCUUUUAUUGGAAGGAUUUCUUUUCACAAUAGUUAGAUCAUCCCUUUAUCAUCUUUUUCUUUAAACUUCUUUCUUUCUUUCUUUCUGGGUAUUUUUUAUUUCUGUGAAGGUCAAGUCCUAUAACAUGGCCAUAUUAAGCGCAAGCGGUGGCCAGGUCAUGUCAAUUCUGCUUAAACGAAAAGUCGUUUUGGCUCUCAUUGACCCAUGUGUGUUGUUGCGUGGGACUCCUGGUGGCACCAAUGUGGUGUAUAAUGACUUCAGCCCUGUGUGGAGCUUGCCAGGACACACACACAGCCUUUGUAAGUGUCUGUAUUUUUGGCUACGAUAGCAGUGUGAACUUGUUCAUAAUAAAAUGGUUUUUUGGUA